UUUAUUUUUGCAAAGAUUUAUCAAACUGCGAAUUUUGGCAACGGCUAAACUUUUUGGCUUAAUGAGUACAAUGUGUAGAUAGAAUUAUGACUUAGCGUUACACUAAUAUAAUAUUCUAAGUUAAGUUUCGUUCUUUAUAUACUCAGUUUAAAAUGAAUUUCGAUAAAGAUUUCGUCAUGGACUUCUUUUUGGACGACACUGUCUCAACACUAAACAAAGUAGUAGUAGCAGUAGCCAACGUUGUUAACGAGAAUAAUGAAAAUACGAGUUGUUUUGAUGAACUUUUAAUAAAAGAACAAAGCACACACAUAAUACGAGAACAGAAACAAAAAGUUAAGAAAAAGUCAGAUGUAACAGGUGUAAAAGCAUAUUUCGAAAAUUUUGUUGUUAAAUUUACUGAUGAGGAUUAUCUUGAAAAGUAUCAAAUGAAAAAGAGUACUGUACAGGCAUUGAUAAACUGUUUAAAAGAAUUCCAAUCUGGCUGUACAAUUAUUCCCUUAGAGAAAAAAGUGCAUAUUUUCUUAUGGAUUCUAACAAGUGAUUAUUCUUUUAGUGAGACUGGUGUGUUGUUUGGAUUGCAUAAAUCCUCCAUUAGUUACAUAUUUUAUGAAAUUGCUUCAAUACUCACUGAGCAACAAUAUAAUUAUAUAAAUUGGCCCUCUAUAAAGGAGCAGCAUAUGACUAGAGUAAAAGUGAAUAGUAGAUAUAAAUUCCCAAACUGUGUAGGUUUUAUUGAUGCCUGUAGGCUCAAAGUGGGUUCUAAAAAACACAGAAAGAAUGUUUCAGAAACAAUAUUAUUGCAAGCGGUUUGUGAUGAAUCCCUAAGCUUUCUUGAUGUGCAUUUAGGAAAAAUUGGGGACACUAGAAAGAGUAGAGUUUUCAGACAGAGCCAACUAUCUAAAGAACUUAAAAAUUUCAUUGAUUUUGAAAAUCACAUUCUUGGCGACUCAAAUUAUAGGUUAAGAAAAAAUCUAAUAACACCAUUCACAAGUGAAGAGUUGUUGACAAGUGAGGAAAUGAAAUUCAACGAGGUGCAUUGGAAGACUCGCAGUUAUAUAGGUCAUGCAUUUGAAUUGUUGAGAAGGCGUUUUAAGAAAUUAAACCAUUUGGAUGUAAAUAAACAAGAGUCUAAUGACACUAUUAUACUUGCCUCAUGUGUGUUACAUAAUUUUGUUAUACUCCAUGAAGGAUGUUCUGAAAUUAAGCAUGAGCCUGUAAUUUGUGAUGAUCAUAUUAUUAUUGAUAGAGAAAUUGUUAAGACUGCAAUUGAAAAGCGUCAAUACCUUUGUAACUAUAUUAAUUAUCUUGAUAGCAGUUAAAUACUGAUUGAAUUUUCUCCAUCCAUAUACACAUU